AUGGCUUCUGCCAGCGUGCCCUUGAAGAAUGGUGGCCGAUCGAACAACCCAACCGAUUCCUCCGAUCUUGGCAGUGACACGGACUCCGACGAUUCUCACUCUCUUCAACGAGCAAUCGGGAAGCCAGGGCCGGAUAUCUCCAAGACAAAUUGGAAGUUCUGGUCCUCUGAACACCUGAAAUCGCUGGUCUUGAAAGCCAAAGGUGGUGUGUCAAACGCGGUCUUGGCGUUCAUCAAGAGCACGAUGAAAGACACGAAGUUGAUCUUGGUUAUGGGGAAGUCGGGUACGGGGAAGUCGUCGUUACUCAACGAGCUUACCGGGAUGGAUCUUCAUGUCAGCACAUCUUUGAAGUCUGGAACUCGGCAGUAUCAUAUCUGCCCGGCCGUCAUUGACAACCAGCAGUAUCUCUUCGUAGACACCGCUGGCUUUGGCGCCGCCGAUCUUGACGAUGAAGGUAAUUUCCAAGACAUCAUGACAUGUCUUUCGACCCUUCGCCCAUUCGUCACCGUCGCUGGGGUCCUGUUCGUCUACGGCGAAAUGCAGCGUCUUAGCGAAAGUGAUCUGCGCACUUUGCGGUGGAUCGAAUGCUUUUGUGGUCCGCAAUUCUUCCAGAACAUCACGAUUGUCACGACAAAAUGGGAUGAGAUCACGGAAAAGGCUUUCAAGAAGAAGUGGGCCAUCACCGCCGACUUCGAGAACUACGAGGUCGUUCAUUGCUCUGAAAACUCAAGGAGCAGCGUGCUUUGCAACGAGGAACAAGCCGACGAGAGAGGUGACGAGCUUCGCGAUCUCAUCAGACGCAAAUACGCAGAUGCGGACGUCGAGGAGCUCCAGAUUUUACGAGAAUUGAACCAAGGAAGGGCCUUGUGGGACACCGAGGCGGCUAAGGUUCUCAAGUCGAAUCUGCACCAGACCAUUGUGGAGGUGUCCGAUGACAAAGCUAACCUGGUGCCACGACUGGGUUCGAGCAAGGACUGCGGAGUGCCUUUAUUGGCGAAAGGUGGAAACCCUCGCCGCGAGCUGAAUGGCGGUGGAAAUAACACGGCAAGAAAGGAGCAAGAGGAGGAGACCAAGGGACAAACCGAAGGGCAGUCUGAACAACAGCCCGAUGAUGAGGUGAAAGAACAGCCUAAGAAACAAACCAAGAGGCAGGCCAAACCGGAAACUUCUUGGUUUCAGAGAUGGUUGCAGGGUGCUACUGCCUGGUAUUCCGUCCUCGCAGAGACAGCCCAAUUUUUCGCAGAAGCGCGCAGGACAGGAUAUCAAUCCAGCAAUCGAAAAGGUGCCAAGUCUGCCCCUGCCUGGAAUCCCUGGAAGGCGGCUUACAACUGGUGGAGUGGAACGUCGACUUGA